GGAGACUCAGAAGUAAGAUAUCCGUCAGGCUAAUAAAAUGGAUCUGGUUUAUGUCAAUUCUGAUUUUGUAUGUUCAGCAACUGCUUCAAGUGACAAAAGCUCACAUGACAAAGGUCAAAAAACCUUCAAUAAAGAUCAUCAUCGAUGGACUAAAGUUCUUUUGAUUGCUCUCACUGUGUGUCUUUUAUUUGCUCUCGGAGCUGUCUGCACCCUGGCCGUGUUUAUGGCACGCACAGAAACACAUUUCAAUGUGUCUGUGUCUGAUCAAGAACACAAUGCCACAGAUUACAAGGAACAGCUUGAUGUGCUGCACAUUCAGCAUCAGGAGAUGCUUCAAAAGCUGAACAGAUUAAACGAAAGCAGCGGCUGUGCACUCUGUGCAGUUCACUGGACUCAUUCUGGAGGAAAGUGUUACUACUUCUCUACAGUCAAGAUGAACUGGACACAGAGUCGAGAUCACUGUGUGACCAAAGGAGGACAUUUGGUGAUCAUAACCAGCAAAGCAGAGCAGGAUUUCCUUGCCUCUAAAAUUUCAGUAACCCACUGGAUUGGUCUUAAUGAUAUGCACACAGAGGGACGCUGGGUUUGGGUGGACAACCAGCCACUUAAUAAAUCAGUAGAAUUCUGGAUGAAACGAGUGAAUGGGAACAAUGAACCUGAUAACUGGACUAAAAAUCAUCCCGGUGGAGAGGACUGCGCUUGCCUGGGUCACUCUUUGGGAGCAACUGAAUUCUGGAACGAUGAUCUGUGUACUGCAACGAAAAGAUUUGUGUGUGAAGCCGCUGCGGCCAUUAAUUAA